AUGGAUUUCUGGCUGCAGUUCAAUGAGCUGCAAGACCAAAUUGCCAAAAGCAAACGCCUAAAUGUUGUCGAUGGUAUACGCUCCAAAGUUGCACUUGAUGUUGAUGUGAAAUGCCCUACACAUAUUGUCUUACCCUUGAACCAAUGUAGUGACCAACUCAUAGUGGUGGAGUCGGAUGGGCUCUGUCUCAAGAAUACAUUCAAGCCAAUGAGCCAAGUUGAUGAUGUCUUCCAAAAGAACUGCAUUGACAGCGACUACGGAUAUGAUACGUCCGUUGAUUGCCUACUUGACUGUGCAAAAGCUGUGUUGAAAGAAGUGCGAGCUUAUGAAGGACAGCGGAUGGUCAUGCCAUUGAGAAAGGAGGACCAGGUGAGACUUUUUGCUUAUAUUUUCUUUCCUUCCAGUUUCUCUUACUAUUCUCACACUAUUCUCAAGCAUAUGCGGACAACACUGUCAUGCACUGUGUCUAACAAGGGAAGGAUGUUUGGCCGAAGUUGCCUCAAAAGAUGGGAUUUAUAUCUUGGAGGACAUAAACGUUGAUU